GACGCGAGACAAGCCUCACAUUGCAAGACGAACUCCGAAUCUAGCAGUCGAACUGUCAAACCGCCAUCACAAGCCCGCAGCAUCCAGCUCGCCAUCAUGGCCAGAGUACUUUACUGGUUUCGGACCGAUCUGAGGCUACACGAUAGCCCGGCUCUGCUAGCGGCCCUCAACCUCAAGCCCGCGGCACUCUUUCCCGUCUGGUGCUGGGACCCAAACUACAUCUACAAGCAUCGAGUGGGCCUCAAUCGCUUCCGCUUCCUCCUCGAGUCUAUGCAGGAUGUGUCGGACGGCAUCACAAAGAUCAACCCUCUGUCGCAGCUCCUCGUUGUCCGUGGUGAUCCUUCCGAUCUCUUGCCCGAGCUCUUCAAGCGGUGGAGCAUCACGCACUGUGUCUUCGAGCAAGAUGUCAAUGGCUAUGCGAGGGAGAGGGACAAGAAGGUGCAAGACGCGGCUAAAAAGGCUGGCGUUGAAGUGGUCAUUGAGCCUGGCCACCACCUCUGGGACGUCGAGGAGAUUCUUAAGAAGCACGGAGGCAAGCCUACGAUGAGCAUGAAAGCUCUCGAAGGAGCUGUCAAGGGGCUGGGUGACCCUGCGAGGCCCGUGGAUGCGCCCACCAAGCUCCCGUCGCCUCUGCUAAAAGGGAAAUCAGAGCCAUCAGAGCGGAAAGCACUUCUUUCUGAGCUUCGAAAGACCCUUGAGGGGCUCCCAGAAUACAGUAAAAAGCCAGGGCCUCCCAAGGUGGACCUCAACUCGGCGGAGCUUGGAGGACAGCGCAAGCCGGAUGGAAAGGUGACCUGCUACGACACUCUCACCGGACCAGACCAAGAUGCAAAGGACGGGGACAAGGACAACUUCACGGUUCCAACUCUAGCUUCGCUAGGCAUGGAUCCUGCCGCAUGUGGCGCAGCUCCCGAGGCCUCGGUGCCUGGCGGUGAGACCGAAGCACUUCGUCGGCUGGAGAAGAUCUGCAAGGACGCUGCAUACGUGGCGACAUUUGCCAAGCCCAAGACGUCACCUUCGAGCGAUACACUGGAGCCCAGCACUACUCUCCUCUCCCCGUUUCUUAAGUUCGGUUGCCUGAGCAUCCGCAAGCUCUGGUGGGACACGCAGGACGUCAUCGACAACUACAAGGGAUCGAAGACGUCACCCCCAGAGAACUUACAUGGCCAGCUUCUGUUUCGAGAGAUGUAUGCUGUUGCUGAACUUGCCGUUGGUGAUCCCUUCCAAGGCAUCCGAGGAAACAAGGUCUCCCGUUAUAUGGAUUGGUAUCUUCCCACUCACUACGACAAAGAGGGCAACAAGAUCGAGCCACGCCCCAGAGGCGACGAUGUCUCCGAGUCGCGCCUCGAAGCCUUCAGAGCCGGCCAGACGGGAUUCCCUUGGAUCGACGCACUUAUCCGCCAGCUCAGGCUCACAGGCUGGGUGCAUCACCUUGGCCGCCAUUCUCUUGCCUCCUUUCUUACCCGUGGACAGUGCUGGAUCUCGUGGGAGCGCGGCUCGGAAGUUUUCGAAGAGUGGCUUCUCGACUGGGAUCCGAACGCCAACCCAGGCAAUUGGAUGUGGUUGAGCUGCUCGGCCUUUUUCGCCCAGUACUUUCGCGUGUAUGGUAUCGCCACCUUUCCCGCAAAGUACGACAAAUCAGGAGGGCACGUCCGAAAGUACUGUCCGGAGCUGGCAAACUUUCCCGACAAGUUCAUCUACGCCCCGCACACGGCUCCGAUGGAGGUACAGAAAAAGGCUGGGUGCAUCAUCGGAAAAGACUACCCGUUUCCCAUCUUGGACGAAAAGGAGGAGAAGGCGAGGUGUCUCAAUCGGUGCAAGGCGGCUUACGAUAUCGGCUUUUACGGGACUUCGAAAGAGGUGCUAGAGGGAAAGGCAGAGGGAAUACUCAGGAAGAAGCAUGGAGAACCAGACCCGAAGCCGCCCAAGAGGGAUCCCGGCACCAACAGCAAGAUUCCUGACUGGGCCAAAGCAGGGCAUGAGGCAAAGUCGACAACGGGCUCAUCUGCGCCGCCUAAGAAGGAGGAGGAAGAUGAGAGAGAGAUCGAGCCGCAUGAGACAGAUGACCACGGCGAUGAAGCCGAGCAAGAGGAGAAGGGAGCCGAUGGGGACGAGGAAACUGGAAAAGAACAAAAGAAUGGAGGAACGUGGAAGAGCAGCUCAAAGAGGAAGGCGUCGAAAAGUGAAAGAGAAGGAGAGACAGCGUCCAAGAGUCGCAAGAAGUGACAACUUGUGUAACCCUUUUAGCAGAAGAUGGCCAAGGGCCUGGUAAGGCAGUAACAGCGGUUUUCAGGAAAAGGCAUCAAGCGUGGAGAUGCCCAUCGCACGUCUACUGUGCGCUCUGAGAAGAUUGUCGAGAGUGUUUGCUUUGGAUACAC